UGUUUGAUUCUAACCGCUUAGCAAUGAAAUGUUUGCUGUAUGAACACGUAGCACUAAAAAUGUGUAGUCUAUAUGGAGCAAAUUCAACAAGGUCUAUUUGGAUAAAGGCAAGUACAUAUGUAUAUAAAUAUUGGUAUUAUAACUUCGUUUAAUUAUAAUGUGUAUAUAAUUCAGACUCGUGGCCAAAUGUUUUGGGAAGUCGACUGCCAGGUUAAUUCAGUUGCGUUUUUUAAACAACUUCCGAAUGAAGCGCAAUUCUUUUAUUAAAUUGUGCAUUAUGUUGAAAGGUUUGGAGAAGAAAAACACUAACUACCGCAAAGCAAUUCCAUUAGAGAAACGCAUUGCUAUUGCUUUAUAUGCUCUUGGCUCUUCAGCAGAAUACCGAACAAUUGGAAAUAUGUUCGGAAUUGGUAAAAGCACUGUCUGCUCCAUUCUAAUUGAUUUCUGUCAUGAAGUCUGGCGUUGUUUGUGGCCUUUGUAUUUGAAGAAAUUCCCAAUGAACGAAAUUCAAUUGCGCGAGAAUUUUUUAAAUGGUUUUGAGUCAUUGGGUUUCCCUCAAGUGUUAGCAGCUAUAGAUGGUUGUCAUAUAGAAGUUCGCCCAGCUGCAGAAGAUGCUGUUGACUACUACAAUUACAAAGGCUGGUAUUCCACAGUUCUUUUGGCUUUAGUAUCUACAAGAUGUCGCUUUAUAUACAUCAACGUUGGUAGUCCAGGCCGUUGUAAUGACUCUUCAAUAUUUUAGAGAUCAUCUUUAAAAAUCGAGUUGGCACAAUCUACUUUUGUAAAGACAUGAGUAAACAAAUAUCGUCAGUUAAUGUUCCAGUCGUUUUGUUGGGCGACUCUGCGUUCAAAUUUGAUGAACAUUUGAUGAAACCGUAUCCAUUUUGUGUAAACCAAUCUUUGGAUAAAAAAAAAUUCAACUAUGUACUAUCGAAAUGCCGAAGAGUAGUGGAGAAUGCUUUCGGUCAUUUAAAGGGAAGGUUUAGACGGGUUGGAAUAGGUUUGGAUAACCACAUGGCCAACACGAAAAUCGUCAUAAAAGCGUGCUGCGUUUUGCACAACUUUUUAAAUGAGGAAAAUGAUGAAAUUAAUGAAAAGUAGAUUAUUCGAUUAUUGGCAUUCUGUGGGCGUGGCAAUUGUGCGAUUACAUCCAGCUGUACCAAGUUGCGUUAAGAAAUCUCCAUUUUACUCAAGUUAUAGCAUACACAGCCGAACAGAUAAUCCCCGUAUUUGAACUCGUUUCAACAUCAUCAUCAUCUUGAUUAUUUAUAUAUACACAACCCUUUAUCAAACUUGAUUAAUUUUAUGUAAUACACACAACAGUUAGAUAAACAAAACUAUUAUACUCUGAAGCAACAUGUUGUGAAUUGUAGUUCUUAAUUUGCUACUAUUUACAAAAAAUGGAAAAAUUGAACUCAGUAAAAAUACAAACAAAUUUUACAUAAAAAUAAAUAAUUAUUUGCCGAUCAUCCAUUUAGCAUUUCUUCAUACAAAAUAUAUUAUAAAAUUGAGUCCGAUAAUUUGAAAAUGAACCAUUUUACUUUUCUUGCCAUGUUCCGUAGAAGUUUCUCUUUUUAUACUCUUGCAACCAGUUGCUACAGAGUGUUACGGUUUUGUUCACCUUACGAUUGUACGUAUCACCUAAAACUAACCCUGCCAACCAUGAGCGGGUAAAAAACCAGAUAAUCAAUGGGUAAGCAUGUGGGUAAACAUGCGGGUAAACAUGUGCAGUUUGCCAUAGGCCGAGCGAAUAUUCUACCCACACACGUACGUAUACAUGUGAUCAUACAUCUUUGUUGCGCUCAUUCAGCAGUGUUAUAUAAAAAAUAUAUCUGUCCUGCUCUAAUAUCCCCAAUUGAUGACUGAUGCAGGGUUGCAUUUUAAACAGCUGAUGCAUAGUUGCAUUUUUUGA